AACUUGUCCGUCUCUGUACCAUGUAGCAGGGUGAUGUUGUCUUGCUUCGACCGGGUUACCCAGAUGCUCAAGCACGUCAAGAUCCAGGGGCCCGGUAAUGGCGCGCUCGGCCAAAUUGCUUGACAGCAACCGCAACCCAUCGAUGAAACCCAUCGUCAGCACUCCUGGCACGUCAGCGAAGUUCCACAAUCUCGAUUCUCGAUUCUCGAUUCUCGAUCACUAUUCAGAUUUCUCAAGACCUCCGAGCCGCUCGCUACUGUGGUGUGUCCCGUCGACGUCAGCGGCGGCUCCAGCUCUACACAGUAUGAGCGCCAACCCUCUGCUCACAUCGCACGAGAACCGACCACGCAAAUCAGCCCACAUCUCAAAUCGCUCGCAGGAGCCGCUCGACAAGAGGCCUUCGUGUCGCACGACCUGCACCGCCUUGCAGGUAUCCACCACGAUAGAGCCUCAACAAUAUGUGCACAAACCGCCGACGUAUCGCCUAUCCGAAACGACUAUUGGCGGGUCCGGCGCAAGAGCCUCAUUGCUCACAGUCGUACCAGCCUCGGACCGACAUGGCCGGCUUUCAAAUCCCCCCGACAGUCUUUCCAGUCGCCUGGUCGAUGCUUCAAGAGGCCGCGGCUGCCUUUAGCUUGCAUCCUUGAGAGCCGAGAACGGACUGGCUUCUUAGGGAGCUUGCAGGGGCGGAUAAUACCUCUACGCUCUACUGUGACAGGUUGAGGAUCAAAAUUUUCUAAGCAUUGGCCUUUCCGCCCGGCUGUCGCCCACUCCGCCUGCACGCCCCGCAGCAACGUCGGCCAGUUUCGGCGGCCGUGACCUUCUAGAAGCCUUCUACUCCGUUCUACCUACUAUCCAACG